CGAUGGUUUAUCGAUAUCCAAGCCGGACUUAAAAUGAUUUUGGACUGAUAUUUGGCCACCGAGGUCCAGUUUUAAAAUUUAAAGUUGUAACCGCAGUCGAGUUGACCAGACGUGUUUUUCGGUCUACAGUUGAAGAAGAGAUUUCCCACCAGUCACAAAAUGCAUAUCCUCAGCCUAUCCGUGCUGGUGCUACUACCAGCGAUCGCAUUAGCCAGUCUCUGUGACGUUGAACCCAACUCGAAUUUCCUGGAAAAACGAAUGAACCUUUAUCAGGGCCAGCAGAACUUCUCUGUCUCCAUGCUUGAUGUCAUCCGGAAAAGCACUCCCAAUGAAAAUGUUUUCUUUUCGCCGUACAGCACCUACCACGCCUUACUGCUGGCCUAUUUCAGUUCCUCCGGGGAGACGGAAAAGGAGCUCGCUAACGUGCUUCAGCUGAACUGGGCCGACUCCAAGGAGAUGGUGCGCAGCGCCUAUUUGAUAGAAAAGAAGAACCGUGAAAUCCGCUCGCACAAGAUGCCACUGGAGUUCUCGUCGGCGGAUCGCAUAUUCUUUGGCAACAAUCUGCAUCUGACUCACUGCGCUGAGACCCGUCUUGCUAAGGAGAUCGUCAGGACGGAUUUCCAGAACAAACCAGAUGUGGCGCGCAAGGAGAUCAAUGACUGGAUUGCCAACACGACGCACAACCAGAUCCGUGACAUGCUCAGUGCCGAGGAAAUCACCAGUGACACCAAAUUGGUCCUGGCCAACGCAGCCUAUUUGAAGGGCCAGUGGGUUAGCCAGUUCAAAGCGUCAAAGACAGUUCCGAUGCCCUUCUACACGUCUGCCUCCAAUUUCUCCUUUGUACCCAUGAUGCAGCAGAAAGGCACAUUCCUGCUGAACACCGAUGAACAGUUGCGCGCUCACGUCCUCCAAAUGCCUUAUCGCACCGUUUUCGAAUCGGACGAACAGCCAGAUAGCCAGCCGGAUGACAAGUCUGACAUCUCCAUGGUGCUCAUCCUGCCGCCCUUCAACCCCAACUCGCUGGAGGACACGCUUUCGCGACUGAACACCGAGACCCUGGAGCAGUCGCUUAACCAGGCGAUGCCGCGCGAGAUCGAGGUGUCUCUGCCCAAGUUUGAGUUUGAGCAGCGCCUGGAAUUGGUUCCAAUCCUUGCCAGAAUGGGAGUCACGAAGAUCUUUGGCAAGAACACCGCCAACUUUGACGAUUUGACAUCCGAGUCGAUUUCCCUCGGCGAUGCCAAGCACGUUGCCAAGAUCAAGGUGGAUGAGGAGGGCAGCACCGCAUCGGCAGCAACCGUCCUGUUUACGUACCGUUCGGCCAGGCCCGUGGAGCCCGCCAAGUUCGAGUGCAAUCAUCCAUUCCUUUUCCUUAUAUACGAUCGCACCUCCAGCUCAAUCCUGUUUACAGGCAUCUAUCGUGAUCCUAAGACACUCAAGCAGUAAAUGCAGCGAGUUCGCAAUUAUCCUAACCAAAUUUUGUCUUGACUGUAAAAGACCUUGUAAACUUCUAAACAUACUUUAACGAUAAUAAAUUAUACCCAUAACAAGAAUUUAA